UUCUCUCUCUAGAAUGGUCUCUCUCUCUCUCUAGGAUGGUUUCUCUCUCUCCUCCAGCCCUAUAUAAGUUACAGUCAUGCUCUCUUCUUCCAUCCCCUCUCUCUCUCUCUCUAGCAUGGCUCGCUUCUUAUCUAUCAUUGCUGUGUUUCUCCUUAGCCUCUUGGUCCUACUGGAAUUUGGAUUAGCAGUACAGCCACAAGUGGUGAACCAAGGUGGCCUCCCUUCAACCACUAUUGAUUGUGGAAAAGCAUGCUCCGGCAGGUGCAGGCUAUCGUCGAGGCCACACCUUUGCAAGAGGGCUUGUGGCACAUGCUGUGCAAGGUGUAGCUGUGUGCCUCCGGGGACCAGUGGAAAUGGAGAAAAGUGCCCAUGUUAUUAUAACAUGAAAACUCAUGGCAACAGACCUAAGUGCCCUUAAUAGAGUUGCUAUGAGCCUCUAUUUGGGUUCCAACAAAGUCCUCAAUUUCUCUCAUUUACUACAUAAUUCUAGCUGAUGGUGUUUCAGUUCAUUUGAAUUAUUCAUAUGUCGAAAUAAGCACAGGCCUAGCCCUAUGCUUUGGAGUUGAUUUGGGUUAUGCAUCUGGAUAUAAGAGAAUAAGUGGAAUGUAUCUUUCUUUGUGUUACUGUUUGCAGUUUU